AUGGACGAUUCCAAGUCCAACACGACCUUGGAUGAAGGUUCGGCAACCCCUGCAAUAUCUUGGGCGCGACAUACACGAACAUCAUGUGACGCUUGCAAACAAAUGAAGAUAAAAUGCUACAGAAACGAGAACGAAAGUUGCAAACGUUGCGCGGCGCGAAAACUGUACUGCACGACCACACCAGUGGAGAGGAAGAAGAGGAAAUUGGCAAACAACAAAGAGACAUAUCUCGAAGAGAUGGAAGAUCGGCUCAAGCGCAUGGAAUCAGCUAUCAUAACUUCUGGGAUACAAUCCACAUCAGAACUCGAAAAGGAAAAUGAGAAUGACAAGAAGUCUUCUGAAAAGAUUGAGGACCAGGCGAAGUUAUCUAACCAUCUUUCAAACUUAGUCUUGAACCAAGGCGGUUCACCAAACUUCAUUGGUUGGUCAUCUGGGUUCUCGCUUCUGUCUCCACAAGGACUUCGUUGGAUCUCUGGAAAACUAGGCGACAAGGAUGAGUUAGCUCAGCUUAUCAGCAGAAUGUCGAAGGAGGAUUAUGGUGUUUGGGGGAAAGGUGAUGUUGAUCUUUGGUAUCCUGUGCCACGGUCAUUACAUACGCCACUUCCUUCGAAGGAAGUUGCGUUAUUGUAUGUCGAUUCUUUCUUCGCAAAAUACAACAGUGUCUUUCCCAUUCUCAAUCGGAGGGUGUUCAACAUAAAUCUCGAGCGGCAGUACUCGCUAAAUCCUCCGAGGAGUACCGCCUGGUACGCACUAUUCAAUGUUGUUCUCUGCAUAGGUUGUAUCCGGUCCCAAAGGAAAGAAAGCCAGUGGCAAGCUCCCUGUCUUACUGAUUAUAUAUCUAUCCCUCUGGAGAACGGGGCUGAGUACUUUCGCAAUGCAAGUUGCUGCUUUCAUGAGUUACUCUUUAAAGAGCCGAAUUUGAUGUCAAUGCAGGCCCUGGUUCUGAUGCUAUUCAUUACACACUCGAGUCCUAAUCCUCAACCUGCAUAUGUCUUAACAUCGGCAGCUGGAAAUCUUGCAAUCACACUUGGUCUUCACCGCAGUUUAGAUGGUUUUGGCUUCUCACCAGAAGAGAUCGAGCAGAGACGAAACGUCUAUUGGGUAUUCUUCCUGUCGGAGAAAGCUAUAAGCCAUAAUCUGGGGAGACCUUCAAUUAUUAAUGACGACGAUAUUGCAAUUGAAUUGCCAUCUAAACAGCCAGGCAUCAUCAAAUCACUCAAUGGAGGAAAAAUAUACGACAUUUUCCAAGAUCAGGUCACCUUAGCUAUCAUUGGAAGUCGCAUAUGUACCGAAUUGUACUCCGCAAGCUCACAAACCAAGUCUGAAGCUGAUCGCAUGAAAGUGGUGGGCAAAUUAGAUCGUCAUCUUCAGAGUUGGCGAGAUGCAAUACCGGUUGAGAUUCGCCCAGAACAUCCCAUUAGUUGCUCAGACGAGCAGUACGCUUCGGUUGUUAUGAUGCACUUUGCAUAUUUAGACAUUGUGAUCCUGCUGCAUCGUGUUCCCGGUCACCAAAAAUCGUUGAAGCGGGGAGAGGCUACAGAUGAGAAGAUGGCUGAUCCAAAAGCACAGUUUAAUGUGAGGGUUCGAGCGAGCCAUCUGCUGUGUCUCGCUGCGGCAAGGAGAUCAAUUCGACUUUUAGAUGCAAUUAGCAAGAAUGAUCACCAGAAUCACAAUCUCACAUGGUUGACGCUUUAUUACCCUCUCAGCGCAAGCCUUGUCCUCAUUACAAAUCUCCUCUCAAACCCACAACACGAUCAUGUCGCUUCCGACGUCCAAUUGAUGGGUUUAAUCAUUGUCUUUAUCUCUAAAUUCGUUCAACCUGGCAGUUCCUUUGACACCACCCCAACCGUCAGUGUAUUCAGGGAGCUCUACGCCAUUAUCGCACGUCUUGUAGGUGUCCUUCCAGAUACAUCUCAGCCAUCAACCUCACUCUCAAGACUUGACAACUAUUCAUCGACUAUCCCUGCCCCAGGCGAUCAGCAGCAGAACAUUUGGGGAGAGUCGAACUUACCAAAUGCAACCAGUGUUGAGAGUUGGCCGGAAAUAUCAGAGGACAGUCCUCUCGAUUUUGCACCGUAUAUGGGCCCCGAGCCUAGCCACUUUGAUUUUGAUCCGACUUAUGAUCCUAUGCCCUCGAUCGUAAACCAUGAUCUUGAUGUGACCAGCAUGUGGGGGCCAAGUUUUGCAACUGGAUUGUGGGCUGCAGAAAUUUGA